AAAAAAAAAACACAUCGCUUUCUUCAGCGAUCAAUUAUAUCAAUCAAAAACCCCCCAAAAAUCAAAUCCAUCUCCCUCUCUCUCUCUCUCUCUCUCUCUCUCUUCUUUCCCCUCGUUUACAUCAAUCACUCUCUCCCUCCAUCUCUCUUUCCCUGUGUUUAUAUAUAUUGUCUCUCUCUCUCUCUCUCUCUCUCUAUUUGGUUUUGUUAGGGAUGAGGAUUUGGAGGCGGAGCGAUUGAGAUUUGAAUGUUGGUGUAUAAGACUGAAGAUUCGGAUUCAAAUGCUCGGAUCUGCUGGUGGUCAUAUGGCCUCCAGCUUGAAGAAUUCAGGACUAUUGAAGUUUGUAUUCCAAUGUCUCUUUGGUCUAAGAACUUCUUGUAGAUUGAUAACAUCUUUUAUGGGGUAAGAAGUGGGGGCGAAAUGGUUUUACAUUCCAAAUACUUAAAGACAUGGAGGAGACACGAGGUGAUUCAGGGCCAGCAGGGCAAGGGCCUUCAAAUACUUCAUGGUGGCCUUCAGAUUUUAUGGAAAAAUUUGAAUCUGUUUCUUUGGGUUCUCAAGAAGAGACCUUAAGUAAUAAAGAAUCUCCUAGAAGUUCGGAGGAGGGUGGGUUGUCACCUCAGAGAGCAUCUCAAAUUCUCUGGCGCACUGGAAUGCUUUCUGAACCAAUUCCAAAUGGUUUCUAUUCUGUCAUUCCGGAGAAAAGGCUGAAGGAGCUUUUUGAUGCUAUUCCUACUUUGGAUGAGCUUCAUGCUAUGGGUGAAGAGGGUUUUAAAGCUGAUACAAUUCUUGUAGAUGUUGAGAAAGAUAAGAAGCUAUCUAUGCUGAAACAGCUGAUUGUGGCGCUGGUGAAAGGGUUGAACUCAAAUCCACCUGCAAUGAUAAAAAAGAUUGCUGGAUUGGUUUCUGAUUUUUAUAAACGUCCCAGUUUGGAAAGUCCAGCAAAAGCUGCACUAGAAGAAACCUCUCACAUGUUUGAGAAUCGAGGAGUUCAGAUGUUGGGGCAAAUAAGGCAUGGUUCAUGCCGUCCUCGAGCAAUCUUAUUUAAAGUUCUUGCUGAUACUGUAGGUCUUGAAAGUAGGCUCAUGGUGGGUUUGCCAAAUGAUGGGGCUGUUGAGUGUGUUGACUCAUAUAAACAUAUGUCUGUGAUAGUUGUCUUGAAAUCUGUGGAACUAUUGGUUGAUCUUAUGCGGUUUCCUGGCCAGCUGCUACCCCGAUCAACACGGGCAAUUUUUAUGACUCAUAUUUCUGCAGCAGGGGAGAGUGAUUCUGCAGAAAAUGACUCCUGUGACUCACCACUGGAACCCAAUAGUCCUCUUUGUGGGGUUUCAGAGAGACUAGAUCCUGACAGUACUGAGAAAGAUGAUAGCCUUCCGUUUCAUAGGAAAUUUGAAGCAUCCUUAAAUGUAUCUGGUCCUUCAUUGCAAAAUAUGAUGAUGCGAUCAAAUUCGUCAAUUGAAAGGAAAUUGAGUUUGUCACAUAGCGAGCCCAACAUUGCAAAUACAUUUUGGCGGCGUAGCCGGAGAAAGGCCAUUGCUGAGCAGCGGACAGCUAGUUCCAGUCCAGAGCAUCCUUCAUUUCGGGCACGUGGACGUUCCAUGCUUAGUGGUGACAGAAAAUCAUUUAGAGAAUUUUCUGAUGAUGUCACUACAUCAAGGUCAGAUGGUGCAUCAACGUCAGAAGCUCGUAGAAUAAGAAGAAGAAGCAUUAGUAUUACUCCAGAAAUUGGUGACGAUAUCGUAAGGGCUGUACGUGCAAUGAAUGAAACAUUGAAGCAAAAUCGUCUUUUGAGAGAGCAAGGAGAUGAUGGUUCAUUCUCUCCUUCAAAUGACAGAGUUUCAGAUCUUCAGAAAAAUGUAUCCAAUUUCCAUCUUGAUGGUCAUCAUGGCAUAUCUGGUGGAAGGUCCGCUUUAUAUUCAGUUCCCCGGGACAUGCUAAAUUCCCAAAAGGCGAUGUCAUUACCCUCGUCACCACAUGAAUAUCGGAGUCAAACUUCUGAGAGAAGCGAAUAUGUUAGAAAUGAUGAAUUGGUUUCAACAUGGAAUAGAAUUCUUGAAUCUCCGAUGUUUCAAAAUAAACCUCUAAUAGCUUACUCAGAGUGGAAUAUUGAUUUCUCAGAAUUGACUGUUGGAACUCGUGUUGGGAUUGGGUUCUUUGGAGAAGUUUUCCGUGGCAUUUGGAAUGGAACAGAGGUUGCAAUUAAGGUUUUCCUAGAGCAAGAUCUAACUGCUGAAAACAUGGAAGACUUCUGCAAUGAGAUAUCCAUUCUCAGCCGUCUUCGACAUCCUAAUGUUAUUUUAUUUCUUGGUGCAUGCACAAAACCUCCACGCUUGUCAAUGGUUACUGAAUACAUGGAGAUGGGAUCCUUGUAUUAUUUGAUUCACUUGAGCGGUCAGAAGAAGAAGCUUAGCUGGCGGAGGAGACUAAAAAUGUUGCGUGAUAUAUGCAGGGGUUUGAUGUGUAUUCAUCGGAUGAAGAUCGUUCAUCGUGAUCUAAAAAGUGCAAACUGCCUUGUGAAUAAGCAUUGGACUGUCAAGAUCUGUGAUUUUGGGCUCUCAAGAAUAAUGACAGAAUCACCCAUGAGAGACUCUUCAUCUGCCGGAACUCCAGAAUGGAUGGCUCCUGAACUUAUUAGAAAUGAACCCUUUACUGAAAAAUGUGAUAUUUUUAGCCUGGGGGUGCUAAUGUGGGAGCUCUGCACUCUAAAUAGACCGUGGGAAGGGGUACCACCAGAGAGGGUAGUUUAUGCUGUUGCCAAUGAGGGUUCCCGGUUGGAGAUUCCGGAGGGUCCACUAGGCAGGCUAAUUGCAGAUUGUUGGGCAGAACCGCACGACCGGCCAAGCUGUGAGGAAAUACUUUCCCGCUUGCUUGACUGCGAAUACUCUCUCUGUUGAUACAAUCUGUUUGUUUGUGUAUAGAAAAAAACAUGGUAGAGGUGUUACAUUGUGUUCCCGGCUUAAGUUGUGUACACUAAUGAUUUUUCCAGUCACUUUGAUAAACAUGAAAUGGUUCAUUUUUCAUUUUUGAAUGGCUCAAACACUUCCUCCUUUUUCGUGUAAUCAAACCAAGAUCAGGUUCUGGUCUGCAUAUGAAAUGGAUUUAUUUUUUUUGAACA